AUUUUGGGCAACCAUAUUUUUUCUGUCUACCAACCAAAACAGAAAUCGCAAUCUAGUUAUGGUUUAUUAAAUGCUGUUUGUUGUACAAAUUAAGUUUCACAUUCUUUCAGUUCUUGUCGCUACUGAAUGGAUGAAUGAAAUUGUCUAUUAACUAAAACUAUCAUAUCAGGUUUAAUCAAAAAAGGAAAUACUCAAAAGCAUUAAGUAGUAGUUAUCUACAAAACACACUGCACACUCUGCAAAUGGAGCAACAGCAAAAAAGCGCAGCUCACGUCUCCAAAUUGUUUGUCUGCACGGCCGUCGACUAUAAAGAUGAGAUCGAAGAGAAAUUUGAACGUUCGUACGUUAACCUGCAGCAACAAAUUGCGGGACUCAGUGAUAAGGAAAUGCACGAUAUGCUCUCGCAAGUUGUUUGCAAGGAUAAACAGCAUGAGGAGAUCUCCAUCGGCUUCCUGUACAUCAUCCUAACCGAUCCAACUAUGGCUGCCAAAACAUAUCGUGACAUUACACUAGUUUCCCGCGAUGGCAUGAGCGUUAUUGUUGCAAACCUUACGGUCUUGGUGGCCGAAAAGUAUGCCAAACUCACAGAUACGGCACGCAGACAAUUAAUCUGGGUGCUGCGCGAGUUCGUGAAGCAUCAGGUGCUCAAUGUGGAGAACGUCAUCUGGAAUUGUUUGCGGCAAGCGGGCGGCGGCGAUGUGUCGCAUAAAAAUCUGUUUUUGGUGGAAAGCCUUUUGGACAUCUUCAUCGAGUAUCGAGCUUGGCUGGAAACGAAUCCAUUUUUGGUGCAGUCGACAGUUUACAGUUUCGUGCGCCUCAUCGAGGAUCAUGCCAAUCCUGCCUUGCUGCCGCUGCGACAAAAAGAGGUCAAGUUUACAAUUUCGUUAAUACGCGAUCGUUUCCACGAAAUUAUCCCACUAGGAAGGGAUUUUGUAAGGCUUUUGCAGAACGUUGCACGCAUUCCGGAAUUUGAGCUUUUGUGGCGCGACAUAUUGUACAAUCCGAAGAGCUUACAUCCGACAUUUAAUGGAAUUUGGCAUUUACUUCAAAUACGGACUAGUCGACGAUUCCUGCAGUGUCGGCUGCUGCCCGAAAUGGAACGUAAGCUUCACUUUCUCGCCUCGAACGUGAAGUUUGGCAAUCAGAAGCGGUAUCAGGAUUGGUUUCAGGACAAAUACUUUGCCACGCCCGAAUCGCAUAGUUUGCGUUCCGACCUCAUUCGUUUCAUCAUCAAUGUCAUACAUCCCACAAAUGAUAUGCUAUGCUCGGACAUUAUACCACGUUGGGCCAUCAUUGGUUGGCUAAUCUCAUCAUGCACAAAUCCAAUUGCUUCGGCGAAUGCAAAGUUGUCGUUGUUUUACGAUUGGCUUUUCUUCGAUCCGGCCAAGGAUAAUAUCAUGAAUAUAGAACCGGGCAUUUUGGUGAUGUACCAUUCGAUACGAAAUCAUCCGUUUGUCAGCAGCACAUUGCUGGACUUUCUGUGUCGGAUUACCAAGAACUUUUACGUUAAGAAUGAGGAUAGAAUAAGAUUGGGUGUGUACAAUUCACUCAAAUUGAUACUCGAUAAGCAGGUCAUUCCAAACUUACAUCCGCUCUUUGAGUCGCCCAAACUUGACAGAGAGCUGCGUAAUUUGAUACGCGAAAACUUCCGAGAGUUUGUAUCACCAGUUUCCAAUAUGCCACAAUCCAUGUACCCAGUGACGCAUUCAAUUCAAGCGCCCAUUUUUAAAAAAGAAGCCGAUCAACGAAUGCUGCCAGGUGAAAACACUGAUGUGGGUGGAGUACCAUUUGCGGCAAACAGUGGCAAUGUUUCGCUGGUGGAUGAGGACAACAAGACGGCUAUUUUGCCGGUAGAAAGUGUGGAGCGUGGAGAACAAGAAGCUGUAUUUAGCGACGAGGACGCUGAGAAUGUGGGCAGAAACAAUAAAACCGAUGAAAACACGGAUGACGAUGACGAUUUACCGCUGUCAAAGGUGCGUCUUAAAGAGAAACCAGUACCGGAAAAAGUUGAGUUGCCGGAUGCAAUUGCCGAAUCAUUCGAGAUAUUUGUGACGAAACGCAACUCCUUUACAUGGGAGGCAUUUUUGAAAGACUUUCGCACGCUACCCGCCUCCAAUGUGGAUGAAGCGCAGCUCAAUUAUGUGAUCUCAAACACGGUGUUGAUUCUACGCGAAACAUUGCCACAACAGAACGUAUUCUCAGAGAGUAAAACGGAGGAAAAGUUUCUCGCCAAGAGCAUUAGCUAUCCCUUGUAUGGUCUAUUUCGAUUUCUCUAUGAGAACGAGGACAAGAGCAAGAAACCAUUUCAAACGUUACUCUCCGAGAUCUGCGAACGUUUAACCGAAACGGGCUAUUUGCUAUUGUAUUUCAUGAAGAUCCAUUGUAAACUGCAGACACGCAAAAAUGUUCAGCAGGCGUAUCAGUUUAAGACAACGGUUUAUCGACAAAUCUGUGAAGCAACCGAUGAGAAAGUUGCCGUUUGUCUGGUGCGUGAUUUGGAUCUGCUUGAGAAGGAGAAUACAAUGAUCUACUUGUGGUUGCUUCCCGACAUUUAUCGCGAGUUUAAAACCAUUGCCAUCAAUAAUACAGAUUUGUUGCGCAUCACAUUGCGCUGCAUCGAUGCGAAGAAUGUGCGGGACAUUAUGUAUUCGAUUGCUCAAGGCAAACUCACGAUCUUCAAGCAGGAUGGUCUAAUCGAUUGCAUACGCGAUAGCCUGGAGUACGAGACAUAUGAACAGUUUUGCCUAUGGCAGCUCAUUCAAGCACACGAUGUGCCCCUUAAAUGCAUACAGGAUUUACUGCCGGAACUGGAAGCUGCCAAUCAUCCAGAGGCGCUAAGCCAUUUGCUGUUGCUGCUGAAGAGCGAGGAGCCAACAAAUGAAAUAAUCCGGCUGCUGCUUAGCAGGGAAGCCAAGUCCAGAGGCGAUCCCUUUGUCACGUCGGCAUUAAGGUUUUGGUGUCAGCGCUGCGAAGAAAAGCUGUCUGAAAUAAUCGCUUCUCUGCUCACCUCCAAAUACCCGAGUUCAUCGCCCAACAAGCGAAAGCGGCCUUCGAAAGGUAGCUCCGCUGCAAGCAGCACCCCAUCUGCCGAUCAUGUAUUAAAUCACCUGGAGCAUUAUAGAAGAAGUUGUAGGCAUGGCACGGGAACAGGACUCUAUGUCCAUGACAUGAUGCAGCGAGCACUGCAAUCCGCAUAUUCGCACAGCAAUGAAAGCACAAAGAAACAGUUUAGUGAUCUGUUCGCAUUGGCAGCAGAGGACGAAACGACGGCUGUUGGAAGACGAGGGGGCAGCGGACGUGGACGCAAACAGCCUGUAGGCAAAAAAGACUCCAAUAGUCAUAGUGCGGGGAACAAAAAAAAUUCGGAUGUUGUGAAAACAAUUUACUCAUCUGAUGAGAACUCCAGUGAAGAGGAUUGGUCCAAACACAAAGUGACACAGGCGGCAAAGAAGAGAAAAAAAGCGAUUAAUGAUUCCGACUGACAGUGUCCAAGUUCAGUUUCAGUUGCAGGAUCCGUUUCAGUUUCAGGUUCAGGUCAAUUGCAGUCCUCGGUCUUAAUCGGUUGCUUUGAUGAUAAACAACAUAAUUACAUGAGACAUGAAUAUGAGUUUUUUCAUGAAAUUGCUUAAGUUCGCAAACAAAACAAAAAAAAAUGAAAAUGAUGGUUUAAGAUUUUAUCAAUUUAUAUAAAUUAGUAAAACCAAUUGUAGAAUUUUUUGAAUGUUGAAAUUGUAACGUUAUAUUUUUUUAUUUUUAAUAAAAAUAAAAGAAACCUAUUCUACA